AUGUCAUUUAAGGAUGCGAACGUGUUUAUUGGAACUCGAGUUCCCCCACUUAACUGGUUCCAUUAUUGGGAGCGGCAACCUACCGCGCCGACGGGAACAAUGAAAGUGAGGCAGGAAUGCGCGGGACGGGGUCGGGUGGCGGCGGGCGCGGGGAGCUGUCCGUUCCCGGUUCCCAGGCGAGGAAUGCCAGCACGAGCAACAAAGCCUACCGGCCGCCAUUUACCCCGCUCUGCCGCCACCCGGUUCCGUCUCGCACUCAUAAUUCUUCAUAACCCCCCACCUUGGUGA